AUGAUGAUCAAUGAUCUGGCUUUCCCAGUGACUGAGACUGAACAAUCACAAUCAACAAUGGCACAGCUGGUAAACCAAAGCCUCCAUUCAAGCUCUCCAUAUCCAAAUAGGAGGGCUUGCCUCUUUUACAAGUUAAUGGAUGUCUCUAUUAUCCAAGAUAAGAAGCUGAGGAUCCCAAAUAAGUUUGUUAGAAAAUUUGGAGAUGAACUCUCUAGUGUUGCUACACUUUCUGUUCCCAGUGGUCGUGACUGGCUUGUGGAACUAAGGAAAGCUGGCCAGAAGUUGUGGUUUCAUGAUGGCUGGCAUGAAUUUGUAAAGCACCACUGCAUUCAUGCUGGAAAUCUUUUGAUCUUUCGAUAUGAAGGGAAUUCAAACUUCGAUAUUUAUAUGUUCAAUUUGACAGCUUGUGAAUCAUGUAAUAUUCCAAGUUGUUCUGAAGAACCCAAUCAUGUCAAGCAAUGUCCAGUGUCUCUUGAAAAAGUAGCAGAUAAUGCCUCAAUUGAAAUCUUGGGUGCAGAAGAACCCAGCCAUGGCAAGCACCAUCCAGUGCUGCAUGGAAAAGAAAUAGAAGAUGAUGACUCAAUUGAAUUCUUGGGUUCUUUCCCUCCACGCCCAACUUCUAUGCCUUGGAGAAACAAUGUUUCUAAUGAACAUGUAGAUCAACAGAAACCCUAUAAAAGCUGCAUUAGGACUGCAUUAAAGAACUUAAUGCAUAGCCCUGAUGGGGAUAACAUUCAUCUAGCAAAGGAUGUAGAUACCUUAAAAGAAAAAGUUCGAUCUACUAGAGAAAUAGGCAUCCAGUUCAAUGAGAGCGAGCUUACCAGGACUGCAGGUGAAGUUGGAUCAGGUUACUGGGAUGAAGCACGACAAAGUGCCAAAAGAAGAAAGCAAAGUACUGAACCUACAGAAUUUAAUGUGGAAGUGGGAAUACCUGGGGCAAAAGUUUCAAUAGCUGUAGCUGAAAAAAGAGGGAGGGCAAUUCGUGCAGCGCUAAGGUUCACCCCUGGUAAUCCUUUUUGCAGGGUUAUUAUGAAACCAUCCUAUAUACACAAGGGAUAUCUUUUGCAUAUUCCGUCCAGCUUUGCUCAGAACUAUCUGAACAGGUCGGGAUCAAUUGUGCUUCAAAUUUCUGAUGGGCCAUGGUGGCUUGUCCGAUGUAUUAAUGAGGGUAAUGGAGCUAAACUGAGCCAAGGAUGGCGUGAGUUUGUGUUGGAUAAUUGUUUGGAGGAGGGAGAUGUUUGUGUAUUUGAGCUGAUCAGUAAGGAGGACAUCAUGCUGAAACUGAAAGUGACCAUAUUUCGGGUUCUUGAAAACACAGGUCCAGGAAAUCAACCUUGAGAGAAGAGAAGCCAAUCUGAACUAAUUAUAAUCUUAUGGUUGGAACUUGCUGAAUGUCUUUCUGUAUAUCUAGUGGGCUUGAUGAGGAAAGAUUGAGUCAGUGAAAUGACUGGUGUAGUAAGAUAAAAGGCCUUUUUUCUUCCCCCUCUAGUAUUCUAUGUUGUAAAUAACAAUAUUCUCAAGUCUCAACUUCUCUAAGUUCCAUGUGAAAAUCUAGCAACACUUUUUAACUUGUUCAGUAUUCCAUGUUGAAGAGAUGCAUAA